GCUUCCGUGUUCUUUCAACAGUUGCAGCUGCACAUCAUCUUCUCGAGAGCCGACGGACGGACGGCGCUUUUCUUUCCGUGACCCAAGAAUCCGGCAGUUUGUUGCAUUUCUGCACCGCUGAAACCCUUGAGCGGGCAAAUAGAAAAAACGAACGGUCAAACGCCGACGAGAAACGAGGUAGUCCAGGACACAAAAACAACCAGCUAUCCAGUGAAAAAGAAAAACUAAUAUCGCUUAAGUCACGAGAUCAGACAAAUACAACCUGCGAAGGAAGGUGGAAUACUAAAAAAAUGUUUACGACGCUGCUGUUAGUUGUUCUGUUUGGGAUCGUCAACUGCCAACAGCCCAGACGGGAUGCUGAAUAUCCGCCACCGGAAUUUCUCGAGAAAAUGAAGCCCCUCCACGAUGCAUGUGUUGCCGAGACGGGCGUCUCAGAAGAUGCCAUCAAGCGGUUCAGCGAUCAGGACAUACACGAUGAUGAAAAGCUCAAGUGCUACAUGAACUGCAUUUUCCACAAGAGCGAAGUGGUCAACGAUAAGGGCGAGUUCCAUUACGUGAAAAUUCAGGACUUCCUCCCGGACUCGAUGCACCUGAUCACGUUGAACUGGUUUAAACGAUGCCUCUAUCCCCAGGGCGAAAAUCUCUGCGAGAAGGCUUUCUGGUUGAAUAGCUGCUGGAAGCAAAAGGAUCCCGUGCACUAUUUCCUGCCCUAAGCCUGGGACCAUCAAUCAGAAUGGGAGAAUAAAAAGUGCUAAAUUGGGUUUCUUUUCACUUAUAAUAAAGGGUGUCCCAAAUCAAAUUGCAACGCUUUCAAAAACUACCUAGUUUACCGAUUCUUUCCAAACUUUUAGACAAUAAACUAGAACAAUUCGUGAUCAUUUGAUAG